AUGCCACACUCUGCAGAUGUACCUCCAGUCCCCAGGUCUCAUUUGACCCAGGUUGCUGCCCAGGGCUUAAAGGUGGACAUUGUGAGUGUCACGUGGCACUUGAAAUGCACUACCAGGGUUGUGGCUGUCAUCCUGCUCUCUGAGACGACGGCAUCAGACAAUGGUGGCGCCGUUUGUUUGGACCCGAAGCCCAAUCAGCCAGUUCCAUCCAUCAACACUGACGGCAAGAUGAUGGCCAUGGCCAACAUCUCGCUUCCCUCCGACUCGCAGGAGCUCUGCACCUCAACCAUGGGAAGCAGCUCAUCCACCCAGCACCACUUCGCUUUUCAGAAUGCUGAGAAAGCCUUCAAAGCAGCAGCCUUGAUCCAGAGAUGGUACCGGCGCUACAUGGCCCGCCUGGAGAUGAGGCGUCGAUGUACCUGGAAUAUCUUCCAGUCUAUAGAGUACGCUGGACAGCAGGACCAGGUCAAGCUCCAUGAUUUCUUCAGCUACCUCGUGGAUCACUUCACUCCCAGCAGCCACCACGAGAGAGACUUCCUGAACCGCAUGUUCACUGAGGAGAGAUUCACCCAGGAUGUGGAGGCAGAGGAGGGCUGCGACUAUGAAUCCAUAGAGGUGCCACACAGCUACACGGGGCCACACCUCUCCUUCCCCCUUCUUCCUGACCACGCUACCGCCCUAGUGGAAGCUUUCAGACUGAGACAACAACUCCACGCUCGCUACGUCUUGAAUCUUUUGUAUGAGACCAGACGACACCUGGCCCAGCUGCCCAACAUCAGCAGGGUCUCAACCUGCUACAGCGAGGAGAUCACAGUGUGUGGAGAUCUACAUGGCCAGUUGGAUGACUUAAUAGUUAUAUUUUAUAAGAACGGUCUACCAUCGCCGGAGAGGGCGUAUGUGUUCAACGGUGACUUCGUGGAUCGAGGCCAGGACUCGGUGGAGGUCCUGAUGGUUCUCUUUGCCUUCAUGUUGGUUUACCCCAAAGAGUUCCAUCUUAACCGAGGAAACCAUGAGGACCACCUAGUGAACCUACGAUACGGCUUCACCAAAGAAGUGAUGCACAAAUACAAGAUACACGGGAAGAAAAUCCUAAGGACACUUCAAGAUGUCUUUUGCUGGCUCCCGCUGGCCACUCUGGUUGAUGAGAAAGUCCUUAUUCUUCAUGGCGGGGUCUCAGACAGGACUGACCUGGAACUUCUGGCUAAACUAGACAGGCACAAGAUUGUUUCUACCAUGAGGUGUAAAACGAGAAAGGAGAGUGAAAGUCGGGAGGAGCAGAAGAGAAAAGUCAACCAGACAAGCUCUGGAGCGACCCCGACUCCAUGGUUUCUUCCUCAAAGCCGCUCUCUCCCCUCCUCGCCUUCCCAUCCGGGCUCUGACUUUAAGGCCCACAAAGCCUGCCGGUCCUGCAGCAUCCCCUGUGGCUCCGUCGGCCCCAAGGAGCUAUCGCAGCAGGUGCGGCGCUCAGUGGACCUGGAACUGGAGCGGUGCCGGCAGCAAGCAGGCUUCCCAGGGAGCAGAGGAAACGGGGAGCCCUUGCCCUUGGCCCCACAUGCCGACUGUGACACUGAUGCAGGAGGGGUGCCCGAGCCCACUCCUGAGGAGUGGAAGCAGGUGGUAGAUAUUCUGUGGAGUGAUCCCAUGGCCCAGGAAGGCUGCAAGGCCAACGCCAUCCGAGGAGGGGGUUGUUACUUUGGGCCAGAUGUAACAGAACAGUUACUGCAGAGAUACAAGCUGCAAUUCCUGAUCCGUUCACAUGAAUGCAAACCUGAGGGCUACGAGUUCUGCCACAACCGCAAGGUGUUAACCAUUUUUUCUGCCUCCAAUUACUAUGAAGUUGGCAGCAACAGAGGAGCUUACGUCAAACUGGGACCAUCCCUGACCCCACACAUUGUGCGGUACCAAGCCAACAAGGCGACUCACAGGCUAACCAUGAGGCAAAGGAUCAGCAGGGUGGAGGAGUCAGCCCUGAGAGCCCUGAGGCAAAAAUUAUUUGCCCAUUCUUCGGACCUGCUGGCUGAGUUUAGGAAGCAUGACAUUAGUGAGACCGGUGUCAUCGCCCUGAGUGACUGGGCAGUGGCCGUGGAGUCUGUGCUACACCUGGGACUGCCAUGGCGGAUGCUGCGGCCACAACUGGUGAACACCUCAGCAGACAGUGUGUUGGAGUACCAGUCCUGGUUGGAGAGUCUGGCCAAAGAACAGCUGAGCCGGGAGAACAUUCAGUCGGGUCUGUUGGAAAAACUCUAUCGAAACCGAUCCAACUUGGAGACCAUUUUUAGGAUCAUAGACAGCGAUCAUUCAGGAUUCAUCUCCCUGGACGAGUUCAGACAGACGUGGAAGCUCUUCAGCUCUCAUAUGAACAUCGACAUCACAGAUGAGGGCAUCCGUGACCUUGCCAGAAGCAUUGACUUCAACAAGGACGGCCACAUCGACAUCAAUGAGUUCCUGGAGGCCUUCCGCCUUGUGGAGCAGUCCUGCUCUGACGGCCACGCCUCUGCUUGCCUACAGUCCACUGACACUGCCGAGAGUGGCUGGAGCAGUGCAGGCCCACCCUGAGGCCAGCCUGGUCUUUAUCAGCCACCGUGCCUAUAGGUGAUGCCAAGCUUAUGACUCCACACAGACCUGGGGGACUGUAUGCUAAGGAUUUGCCACCACUAGGCACUGAAACCAAGAAUCACCUGUGUAUUUGCUGGUGGGUGGGCUGGGCAUGAUGUGAGUGCCUCUGUGUGUGUGUGUAUGUGUGUG